AUGAGUCAGAAAGAAAGAGACAGACACAGAAAGAUCGCACUCAGGUGCAAUCACUCCAUUGUGACUGAGUUUGUCCUGGAAGGAUUAACACACCGGCCAGAACUCCAGCUGCCUCUCUUCUUCCUGUUUCUAGGCAUCUAUGGGGUCACUGUAGUGGGGAACCUGGGCAUGAUCCUCCUGAUCGCUUUCAACUCCAAGCUCCACUCUCCCAUGUACUUUUUCCUUGGUAAUUUGUCAUUUUUAGAUUUCUUUUAUUCCUCCGUUGUUACCCCCAAACUCCUAGGAACCUUUGUAUGGGAGAAAAAUGUUAUUUCUUAUCCUGGAUGUAUGACCCAACUCUAUUUCUUUUGUGUUUUUACUAUAGGAGAAUGUUUUAUGUUAACUGCAAUGGCAUAUGACAGAUAUGUAGCUAUCUGCAAUCCUCUGCUGUACAAUGUCACCAUGUCCCCAAAGGUGUGCAAUAUGUUGGUGAUUUGGGUCUAUACCAUGGGGACAUGGGGUGCUUUAGCCCACACAAUUGCCAUGACUAAGCUUUCCUUCUGUGGGGACAAUGUCAUCCACCAUUACUUCUGUGACAUACUCCCUCUUCUAAAGCUUUCCUGCUCCAGCACCCAUGUCAAUGAGCUUCUGGUGUUCUAUGUGGGUGGAUUCAAUGUGCUGACAUCAACUUCACCUAUUAUCAUCUCUUAUGUUUUUAUUAUUGCUAACAUUCUUCGGAUCUCUUCUGCUGAGGGCAGGUCCAAAGCUUUUGGUACCUGUGGCUCCCACCUGACUGCAGUUGGAGUCUUUUAUGGCUCUAUCGUCUUUAUGUAUUUUAGGCCAUCCUCCAGCAACAUGGCCCAGGAGCAGGUGGCCUCUGUGUUCUAUACCACAGUGAUCCCCAUGCUGAAUCCCCUGAUCUACAGUUUGAGAAAUAAGGAUGUAAAGAAUGUACUGAGAAACACUUUAGGGAAAAGGUAA